UGUGUGGGUGAUGGUUGUGUUCAUGGUUUCUUAAGUGAGCUCUAUAUAUCUUAGAGUAGGAGAAAAUCUCUCUCAAGUGUUGCUCUUUUAUGAGAGUUGCUAAUAAGGUGCUUGCACCAGAAAGAAUGCUAUUCUGUAGCAUUCAGAGUACUGGCGCUUAGCCUUAGAUAGAGAGAAACCGUUAGUAACAGUUGCCAUGAAAAACCUUCUGCAACAGCUUUGCAGAUUGAAGGUGAAAUUGAAAAGGUUUUAGACUGAUUCCUCAGCUUCAGUGGCGCUUUAGUCAUGGGGAGAAAAGAAGGAAAGCUUCUCAUUAGAAAGAAAUCCGAGGAGAGAUGGAAUUUCUAAUUGUUUAUCUUUUGGGAUAAGACAAAUGAAACAAGUGAAUUAUUAAGGACUAUUAUCAUUCAUGUCUUCCAAUCCUGACUCUUUGAACAGGAGCUAUGUGCUAAAAGCUACUCAUUAGUAGAAAACAUUGCUGUCUGAUCUGUAGUUGCAAGGAAAAGGGGGUGAAAAGAAGAAGGAAAUCUGUCUUGGAUAAAUUGGAAGUGCUUUGAAUUUGCAAAGGGAUUUAGUGCCAGCUGCUACAGAAGGUUUCACAAAGCCACUUUUGGCACCGAAAUGGAUGAAAUGCUUCAGACCUAAAUGAAAGAAAUGGCUAUUUGAAAGCAUAGCCAGAAUAAAUGAGCAGAGUGAAAACAAAUGUCUGAAGUUCUUACCAUGCACUGAACAGUGGAAGAUCAGCUGCAAAGCUCUGGGAAAAUGUCUGCUUGCAACACCUUCACUGAACACGUCUGGAAACCUGGUGAAUGUAAAAAUUGCUUCAAACCCAAAAGCUUGCACCAACUGCCCCCAGCCUCUGAAAAGGCUCUCCUCUCACAUGGUAAUCUGAAAACCAAUGCAAACCACAGCAACAACCACCGUGGUAGAAGUACAGGAAAUUUCCGACCCCCUGUAGCAAAGAAACCCACUAUAGCUGUGAAACCCACCAUGAUGGUGGUAGAUGGGCAGAGUGUCAGUGGUGAGAUCAGCACACCAGAUCAUUGUGAGAACAAGCCAGUAAUUAUAGGGUGGAACCAAAACAAGGCUGUCUUGAACAAAAAGCCACUGAACAAUAAUAAUGAAGAUGAAAUUGAAGGUUAUAGCCAUGUUCAUAGGCCUUAUGGCAACAAUGAUAGUGCAAGUAAGAUACCAAAUAACAAUAAUAAUAAUGGACUGACAGAAGUGUUGAAGGAAAUUGCGGGUUUGGAUACCACACCUCAACUAACAGGAAAUGAAAUGAACUCAAGGGAAACUUUCUUGGGAAGAAUAAAUAAUUGCUAUAAAAGAUCAUUAGAAAGACAGAUCCCUCCAAGCUGCAUGAUGGGUGGAAUGAAGGAUUCACAUAGUAAGCAUGUUAUUCUGAGUGGAAGCACUGAAGUAAUAAGUAAUGAAGGUGGGCGUUUCUGUUACCCAGAAUUCUCCAGUGGAGAUGAGAGUGAGGAUGAUAUGUUUUUUGGCAGCAUGCAAGAAGAGCAUGAGAGUUGGGAUGAAAGUGAUGAAGAGCUGCUAGCAAUGGAAAUUCGCAUGCGUGGCCAACCUCGCUUUGCUAACUUUAGAGCUAACACCCUAUCUCCUGUCCGGUUUUAUGUUGACAAAAAAUGGAACACUGUGCCUUUAAGGAACAAGUCUCUACAGAGGAUUUGUGCUGUAGACUAUGAUGAUAGCUAUGAUGAAAUUUUAAAUGGUUAUGAAGAAGAAACUGUGAUCCUUUUUGGGCAGGAAAGCAUGCAGAGUAUGGUAUCAUCUGAUUCCACAUCUCCCGAUUCUUCUUUGACUGAAGAGUCUCGCUCUGGAACAAUCAGCAACUCAUCUCAAAAACUCUGCAAUGGAGGGUUAUCUCCCAGUACCCCUAAGGAGAUCAAGUUGAUUGAACCAGAUUAUGAGAGUCUUUGUGAUAAGCAGCAAGUGAAAGACAUCUCAAAAGCUUCCAGAAACACUGCAAAAAUUCUAGAGACUCACAAGGCAGUUCUUGCACUUAGAUUGGAAGAGAAGGAUGGCAAGAUUGCAGUACAAAGUGAUAAUCAAGAAAGCAAAAGUGCUACAGAUGUUACUGGUCAAGCAGUGACUAUAAACUUGGUACCAAUGGAAGAUCAAGCCAAACCUUACAGAGUGGUGAAUAUGGAACAACCAGUGUGCAAGCCCUAUACUAUAGUAGAUGUGUCAGCAGCCAUGACCAAUGAGUGUAUGGAAGGUCAGACUGAAAGCUCAGAAACCAAAAGUACUCCAUCUAGCCCAAAUUCACCAGGAACUCCAGGUGCACCGAUUAUAUCUACUACUGCAUCAUCUGGGCGAGUAAAUGCCAAUCUAAAAAAAUCCAGUGCAGUCAGAUACCAAGAAGUAUGGACUUCCAGUACUAGCCCACGACAGAAGAUACCUAAGGUGGAAUUAAUUGCUAAUAGCUCAGGACCUUCAGUCCCUCCAAGGAAAAGCAGCCACAAAUCUGCUCCUACUUCACCUACAACCACAAAUAUUUCUUCAAAAACCAUCCCAGUGAAGUCACCCAAUUUGUCUGAGAUAAAGUUUAAUAGUUACAACAAUGCUGGCAUGCCACCUUUCCCAAUUAUCAUUCAUGAUGAACCUACAUAUGCUAGGAGUUCAAAGAAUGCUAUCAAAGUUCCUAUUGUAAUCAAUCCAAAUGCAUAUGAUAAUUUAGCCAUCUAUAAAAGUUUUCUAGGGACCAGUGGAGAGCUAUCCAUCAAAGAUAAAACAACAAGUGUAAUAAGCCACACAUAUGAAGAAAUAGAAACAGAAAGCAAAAUCUCUGAAAAUAUACCCAGCAAACCCACUGAAUUUACCCAGCCCAAGGGGGUAACUAAUAGCACAGAGUGUAAACUGGGUUCUGUGGCUCAGAAAGUUCAAGAGUACAAUAGCUGUCUUAGCAAAGGUCAGACAUCACCAAAAAGAAGUCAUAGUUUUGACCACAGCUCCCCAACAAGAGUCCAGAAGACAAGUCAGGAGCCUGCAGCUAAAAGGGAAGGAGCACAGGAGACUUCUGGUGGCAGCAGCAAUAGGGAAAAUGCAAACACAGUGCUUUCUCAGAUUGUGGCUUCUAUCCAGCCCCCACAGACUCCUCCAGAAACACCUCAAUCAGGACCCAAAUCUUGCAGUGUGGAAGAAUUAUAUUCCCUACCACCUGAUGCAGAGACCAGUAAAAGCAGCCUGGUACGACCCAAAUCUCUCUUUACCGCACAACCCCCCAUCAAUGAUACUGAAGUAUCCAGUGCCACAGAAAGCACUACCACUAAAAUGCAGAAGGAUACACUUUCAAAGCCACUUGCCACCCAUUCUUCAAAGCCAAUAACAGGCACCCAUAAUACCGUAAGUCCCAAAAUAGAGCAAGCACCUCCAUUUCCCCCUCCGCGUUCCACUUCUUCACCCUAUCAUGCAAGUAAUCUGUUGCAAAGACAUUUCAGCAACUGGAACAAACCAACCAGUCCCAUUAGAUCAACAGAGGCAGAGUCAAUACUGCAUUCAGAAGGGAGACGAGCAGCUGAUGCAAAACCCAAGCGCUGGAUAUCCUUUAAGAGCUUCUUCCGCCGCAGAAAGACUGAUGAUGAGGAGGACAAAGAGAAGGAAAGAGAAAAAGGGAAAUUAGUGGGUCUUGAUGGAACUGUUAUACAUAUGCUGCCUCCUCCUCCAGUUCAACGCCACCAUUGGUUCAGUGAGUCAAAAACAGACUCCAGUGAGAAGCCAUCCAUUGUUUUCAUGUAUAGAUGUGAACCUGCACAGGCUGAACCAAACACUGACCAGAACAAGGCUAGAGUGGAGUCUCCAAAUGAAGAUACAGAGGCAAAGGACAAAGCAGAAAUGGAAGAGAUGUUGGCAGAGGAUUCUGAACAGAAAAUUAAGAGUCAUUCUUCACCAUCUCAAAUUCCCAAGAAGAUCCUCAGCACACCAGAACACUGUGGAAUCAAUGGCUCACCAGAGUUUCAAGACAUGAUUAAAAGACUCAAGAAGGUCCUGAGAGAAUUUCCUUUAAUGGGGAAUUGUGUGAGUGAGUAUAGUGGUCAAUUGCCAGAUGAGACCACAGUGGAAGAUUUGUCUCCUCAGAUUCCAAGAGCUGUGUUUGUGAAGCAGGACAUUGGUGGCAAUGCCUCGGUCAUACCAGUGUCAACUUCCCAUGUCCCACAAGGGCAAGAAGAAAAUGAGGAAACUUCAGAUUCUUCUGACUUGAGCCCUUGCAGUGCUACAUACAGCAAUUUAGGUCAGUCCAGGGCAGCCAUGAUACCUCCAAAGCAGCCCCGGCAGCCAAAGGGAGCUUUGGAUGAUGCCAUUGCCUUUGGAGGAAUAGCAGACCAAGAGGCAACUAACAGCUUACAGCCAACACCACCUCCACUGCCAAAGAAAACCAUUUUGAGAGCCAACACAGAGCCGAUCCCCAAAGAACUUCAGAAACAGACCCUGGAGAACAAUCUCUGUGUUGUGGCCAACCCUACAUAUGACAUUGAUACCAACUGGGAAGCAAGCAGUGCCUGCUCUUCAAUCAGCUCAGAACUCAAGGCAUUGGACAAUGAGUCAGGAGAUUCCUUGGACAGGCCUUUAAGAAAAGGAAAAGCAACCAACUCAACAGCCAACAGCAUUUCUAGCCUAACCACUCCCAGUAUUAAGGAUAGGUGUUCCAACAGCAUGGAGUCUCUGUCUGGGAGAUACAUCUCUCAGACUAAGCAGAGCAAGAAUAUACAGAAGCCACAGAGGCAAGGACUUUAUCGAGGAAUUGAGAACCGAGAGGAGGUGGUAGGCAAAAUUAGAAGCCUUCAUACUGAUUCACUGAAGAAGUUGGCAAACCAGUGCGAAGAUCUUUUCAUGGCAGGACAGAAAGACCAGCUGCGAUUUGGAGUGGACAGCUGGUCAGAUUUCAGGCUAACCAGUGACAGGCCAUGCUGUGAAGCAGGUGAUGCAGUUUACUACCCAGCUUCUUAUGCAAAAGAUCCCCUCAACAAUUAUGCAGUCAAGAUUUGUAAGAGCAAAGCUAAAGAAUCCCAACAGUAUUACCACAGCUUGGCUAUCAGACAGAGUCUGGCUAUUAACUUUAACAUCCAACAGGACUGUGGCCAUUUCUUAGCUGAUGUACCUGUUCGCCUCCUUCCAUGGGAGGAUCCCAAUGCACCUGAGGUGGAGGAGGAAGAUGAAAAGGAAGGAGAGAUAGAAGAUGAGCAAAAGAACAAAGAAACCCCUUCCUGUUUGGAGGCUUCACAGAAAGACAACUCAGGCAGUGAGCGGACCAUCAGCAAGCAGCGCAGCCGUGUUGUGGUCAUCACACGGGAGGUACCAUACCUAACGGUGGCUGACUUUGUGCAAGAGUCCACAGCACGCCAUGCAAAUAACGCAGACUUCUAUGAAAGGCAGGUGUGUCUAUUGCUCUUACAGCUGUGUUCAGGCCUGGAGCACCUGAAACCCUAUCACAUCACACACUGUGAUCUGCGCUUGGAGAACCUACUGCUGGUUCACUACAGACCAAGGGGAGGCCUUUUGAACUAUGAGCCUGUGGAGCCCAAUCCCAACGCAGCUUGCCCAGCCAGGCUAAUUGUGAGCAAUUUCUCACAGGCCAAGCAAAAGAGACAUAUGGUAGAUCCAGAGGUCCUACGGGACCAAUCCCGCCUUGCCCCAGAGAUCAUCACUGCUACACAAUACAAAAAGUGUGAUGAGUUCCAAACUGGCAUCCUCAUCUAUGAAAUGUUGCACUUACCCAACCCCUUUGAUGAGAAUCCAGAGCUGAAGGAGAAGGAGUAUACCCGUGCUGACCUCCCCAGGAUCCCCUCCCGUUCCCUCUAUUCCUAUGGGCUCCAGCAACUCGCCAGCUGCCUGCUGAAUCCCAAUCCUUCAGAGAGAAUACUUAUUUCUGAAGCCAAGGGAAUCCUUCAGUGUUUAUUAUGGGGUCCACGUGAGGAUUUGUUUCACACUCUGAGCUCAUGUUCCAGCCCACUACGGAAGGAUGCUGUGCUGCAGAACUGGCUGGACAUCAAACGGACGCUGAUGAUGAUCAAGUUUGCAGAGAAGUCCUUGGACAGGGAGCGUGGAGUCAGCCUUGAAGACUGGCUUUGUUCUCAAUAUCUGGCAUUUGCCACUACAGAUUCACUCAGUCGCAUUGUGAAAAUCAUGCAGCAACACUAGUUUGUACGAGCUGUUGCUUUUCCUCAACCCCCUACUCCUUGCUCUAUUCUGCUCCCACCUUCUUUAUUCUAGGGUUCACACUUUGCACGUCUGCUGAGAAAAACAGCCUAGAUCUCAAAGCUAGCAACCCUGCGCAAAUAGGUUCUAAUUGGAAAUACUGUCUCCUAUUGAAGAUACGAUGGAGACUUUAUUCAAUUCCUAGGCCUUCCUUGUUUAAUCAUAUGUACAGUGAUUGCAAUUGGAUUAUAUACCUCCAAGGUUGGGUUAAUUUUUCAACAGAUUGAAAAAGGGGAGAGAAAAAUUUUAAAGAGACCACUAGUUUUAUAUUACUAUAGAGGAUGAAUUCCCCAUCUCUUCUGGAUGGAUCCUGCCAUUUCUAGUGGUAGCAUCUGCAGAAAAAGCAGUGACCAUUUAUGACCAUCAACAGAGAUGAAUUCAUCAUAAAUGUGAAUCAAAUGAUCCACCAAAGUUUAGAGCCCCUGACCACAAAUCUAUUGCCUGUGCUCCAUCCCCGGUGAAAGGUUCUACCUCUCAGUCUAGGCUGAGGCUCAUCCACUUAGUCUUCUCAUUCAGGUGGAUUUUUAUUUUACUCCUACUCUUAAAUAUUUUAUUUUCCUCCCAAAUAGGGCAGUCCUCUGAUCCCAGCAAGUAACCAGCAGGCAGCAAUCAUCUGUGUCCAAUAUUGUUGCCUUCUCUAACUUGCUACCUGUCCAUAUCCCUUCUGAUCAUGGGUCGUGGAUUCCAAGGAUCCUGCCUUAAUCAGCCUAUGAUUAUCAACCUGUAGUAUCUCCACUAAAAAGCAAAAGCAGAACUUCCCACCAGUAUAUAUGACCAGAGAGUCAUGUAUUGUAGAUAUAACAGUGUUAAACAAGAGCAACAUAACAUACCAAGAAAAACUGAAACAUCCCUCCCCCACAUAAAAGGCACUGCCUGGGCUUGAAAUAAACAGAAAUUACAUAACCAGUCCUCCUUCAGUUGCUGCUGUGCAUCAGGUAUCAAAAUAGCAGCCUCCUUCUUUGUGUUUUAUUUUGGUUUGCUAGCCACUUGUGGCAUAUUGCAAAGCAGGACUGAAUUGGCAGUGCUGGUGUGUUGGCAGGAGAUACCUACACAGACAAGCACUAAACAUUUCUAACAGGCCACAUGGAGAUGGUUUUACUUCAAAUGCAUUUCUCUGGGGGAAAAACAAGGGGGCAAACACUGCUAUUUAAUUACUGAGAGACCUCUAAAGUUUGGCAGCUGUAAUUAACAGUGACCUGAUCUAUUUUCCCCACAGCAGUAUUUGGCUACAAAUCUCCUAUCAGUAACUAAUGUUUACUAGUGUACUAGCUGCUUCAGACAACACCCUAAAAAUCCCUAAAAAUUGAAUGGCUGUUGACAUAGCUUAGAGAUCAUUGCAGGUAUCGUUUUAGAGUAAGGAGGCACUGGCGGGUAUUAAGGUGACAGGUUAAAAAAAAAAAGUCCAACCUAAAGGAACUUUUCACCUUUUGAGGCAGCUGCUGGUUUCCUUCCCUGAGAUAGCGACCUUUCCUAUGGAACGCCUACAAUCAUACAGAUGGUCUCUUUGCUCAGUAUUGCUAGGUUCUCAAUUGUCUCAAAUAUCUCUGAAGAACACAAUGGGGGCAAAUGAAAGGUGAUAUUUAAUAUUCUGAGAUGGGUGGUGGAAAACAUACAGCCCAAGUUUUGAGCCUGUGCUUCUCUCCUAUGGAUAUAUGUGCAAUUCUUGUAUGUAUUUUUUAAAAUCUGUAUAUUACAGUGUUUACGUUACUUACCAGACUUUACCUGAUGCUAGAUCUGCAAAUCCUUCCUUUACUUUCCUGGCACAUAAAUGCGCAGAGUUACAUGUGUUCUUUAUAUGGAUUGAUAUUUCAUUUUUCAUUGUUUGUUAAAACUGUGAGAAAUCAGUUUACUUCAGUCUUGAAAACAAAUAGCCACUUUUUAUAGCAUAUGCAUGCUUGGACUAGAUGCAUGGAAACCAAACAAACAGUCCUGCAGGCAUGAGGUCAGUGAAACGAACUCCGUGUACACACUGCAUAUUUGAAGGGGGUGAAAUUUCUCUGGCAUCUGUUAGAGCCAAGCCUUGUGGUAUGUGGAAGCCUACAUUGAUUGUGCAGUAAUAUAUAGAAUAUUUUUGUGGCCUUUUUAAAUGUUUUUAAACUUUCUGAUGAAAAAUCCUUUUGUCUGAUUCAUCUGUAUCAGAGAGGGAUCAGGCAAGGAUAAGGAUCAUGUAUUUUAAUGUGAUAUAUAUCACUUUAAAAAAUCUCAAAGAGUUAAUGGGGGUGGCAGCAUUAAUGCAAAAAGAGUGCAGUGCACUUAAGCACAAUUGCAAUGCAUGGAGCUGAUGACUUCCACCACUUUGGGAAAGAGGCUUUCUACAUAAUGCUGAACAGACUUGUGGUAGAAGCCUUUACAGAGAAUUGCACAAUCAAUAAAUGCAGCCCUGUUUCAUAUGGGCACAGAAUCGUGUAAUGCCGUAUGGCUUAUAUACAUUGAGCAUGAGUUGACAGCUCACUUAAAUGCUACCUGCAAACUACCAACCCUUUAAGCUAAGCACAGGACACUGCUUCUUCUUGUUCUCCUGGUCUGGAUUAGUGUUUGUUUUUGGUUUUUUUUAAGUAGCAUCUAUCUGCACAUAACUUCUCACCUAACAAAUAUAUGCUGUAUGAGUAGCACAUGGACCACUGGCCAUUGCAGUAGGCACAUUCCUUUAGGCCGCCUGGUUUGUUUGGGGGUUUUUUUGUGUGUGUAUGUGGACACAUGUUCUCAGUGUCACUUUCAUGUCAACACGCACAUGCAAAGUUGAAUAUUGAAUGUUUUACAACCUUAUGUAUUUAACGCAGCUGGUCCGAAGCCUUUGUAUGUCUUUGUUCUUUAGAGAUCAAAUUUCAGUUCAUAUUGUUUAUGAUUAAAUUUAAACCAGUACUCAUUUUAGUUCUGCAGUAUAAUCAAGCAUGGAUGAAUGUUCACUACCGAUCUCUUUAUUGUGCAGCACUGGGUAACCUUUAGCAAUUUGUAAAAUCAAUGUGAUUUUUACUUUUUUUUUCUUUUUAAGAACAAAAGAAUGAUCAAGGAGGACAAACAUAAACUGGCAAGAGCUUCCAUUCCUUGGUGGUUCUGGGGCUGCUUUUGCAGACAUCCUUGAGGAUUAUAAUUCUGUUUAUGGGGGUCCUCCGUGCUGAUUAAGAACCACACCGCACAAAUAUCUGAGAAUGUAUGCAUGAAAUUGACUGUAAACAAACAAAAGCAAACAAAAAGGUGGGGGGGGAUGCUACAGCAUAAUUUCUAAACAAAUGAGGAAAAAACCUGUUCCCUUUGUCAGUGGGAUUCUUUAUGUAUCAGGAAUGGAACCCCUGCCUAUGUACUUGCAUGUGGACAUAUACAUGCACAGAGUUUGGAUUUUUAAGUAGUGUAGCACUUUUAGUUGAGCUCAAGAAAUGAGAAGAGCUGCAAUUCUAAGAUAACAGUAUUGAUUGUAAAUAUAUAUUUUUCUAUUACUAAAAGCUGCCAUUUCACUAUUUUUUAAAUAUAAAUUAUACAGAUUUUCAAGUUCAAAAUAAGAUCUGGAAAAUCAUGUAAUUAUUUGAUGAAGAAUUAGAAUUAGUGGUUCCUGAAGUUUUUAGGGCCACUAAAAAUCUUUUUAACAUUUUGGAUGGAACAAUCUCGAUCAGCAAUUGAAUGCACAAUGUAUAGUGCCUUGUCAAAGAAUUAGAAUAGUAAUGGAGAGAAUCAGUCAGAAUCUCUCUCCACCUGCUAACAGCCCUAUAAAUAAUACUGCCUACAUAGGGUAUGCAUACACACCAGCUGGGUACCACACAGGGUAUGUAUACACUGUGAUUCCCAAUGUGGGUAGACAGACACGUGCUAGCUCUGCUCAAGCUAGUGCCUAAAAAUAGCAGCCUGGCUACGACGCCUCAGGCUAGCCACCGAAGUAUCAUCCCGUCUGACCCCCUCAAAUACAUACUCAGGCAACUAACCCAAGCCACCACCCAUGCUGCUGUGGCUACACUGCUAUUUUUAGGUGCUAGCUUGAGCCUUUCACCUCCCAACUGCUGUCUUGACAUACCCAUAAAUAUAAAAAGAUGACUACAAAAUAAAAUGUUGCAUUUCAUAUUAUGCUGGGUUAAUCAAUUUUAUGAAAGGAACAUUUUCUGGAAGGUCAGUUACAUGAAAAAGUUCCUUUGAAGUUGCUCAUAGUACCAAAAUAAACCCCAAAUGACAGCAGGUCUCUGGAUUUUUCACAUUUGAAAUUGAGGCUUAGCACAGGGAGAGAAAUAGAUGAGAUGUCACUUGGUCUAGACAUAAUACACUAAAAUUCAAGAGUCCUAUUGCUUUGACAAUCUAUUACAGACACUCCAACUCCAGAAGAUGAAGAGACUGAAUAGCUUGAAAAGAAGAGAAUGUGUGUAAGAUGUGCAGCUCCUCAUAUUAUAUAUAGUGGAUGUGCUGCACACACAUCUAUAUGCUGAGGAGGCAUUGAUGCAAACCACUGUUAAUUUAGGAGUUUGGGAAAACAAGAACCUGUUAUAGAAUGUGGAUUUCUUGUUUCCUAAAAAAUGGAUAAGUAAACCCAGUUUAUCUUCCAAGCCUCAGGUCUGGUCCAGUGAAUAUAUAUGGUUCAGGUGAACAUCUAGACAGAAUUUAGAUGGCACAGCCACUACAAAAGCUCAUAUGGAAAUCGCCAGAAAUGAGAGAAUGCAGAAUUUUUUCUGAGGGCUCUGGAAUGUCAGAAAAUAGAGACAAGGCUUCUUUUUAAAAUUCAGAUGUCAAAUGAAGACUAAGAAGUCAGCACUAAAGUAAGAAAUCUCAUUUUAUUGGAAUACUAUGGUGCUAGAAAUCCCAACCUGCAGUCCAGUGUGUACAUAGUAUUUACAUGGUCUAACAUUAUCCUACCAUCCUUCAAGCUCCAACAUUCACUCCAGAUUUUCUUUAGGGAUCUGCCAACAGCACCAUAGGAUCUGCAUACAUCAUCUGGACAUUGUAGACCAGGGGGAUUCUGAUAGGUUAGAGGGAAGAAUAUAUACUUGAAAUAAAUCUAGUGCAUUGUGGCAAUCAAACACCGGGGAGGUUACCCAGAUACUUUCUAUUCCAGCUCCCUAGCUUUUGUCUGAAAAACUUGUCAGUUGUUGCUGAAAUAGAAAUAUCUCAAGGGCAUUGCCCCAUUCAGAAGCCUUACCUAAAUGAGUAUAUUUUAACAUUUUUUCCUGUUUUCAACUAGGGACCUAGUCCUUCUCUCCCUGAAGCCAAUGAGAGAGUGUUUUGCCUUUGGGAGCAGUUAUAGGCAGCAGUAUCAAACCCUUCAGUGCACUUCCCCGCCCCCAGUUUGAUACAGAUUGAACAUUGUUUCCUGGCAGGUGUAGUAAAUGGGUAGUACUCCCAACAUCACUGGGUCAUCAAGUUUACACUGAUUUAAUGGAGGUGCUGCUGCUGCAAUUCCUGAAAUCCCAGAGAACACUCGCAGACCUUCAAUCUCACAGACCUUCAAUCAAAUGCUGUCCAUUUAAAGAGGAUCUUGCUGUGUAGUGCAGCCCAUAUACAUUGCUAUGAGUGGAACAGGAUCUGUGGACUGCAGUGUGGACGCUGGAGGCCCAGGUGCAGAAAUUCUAAACCUAGGGUCAAUAUUCAGUGUGGAUGCUCAAGCCCUGGGCUUGCAAACCCAGGGUAUCAGUUCCUGAGUCCCACUAACCCUGGCCUUACAUUACAGUGUAGACAUACCUGUGAGAUCUGCUGCACCAAAUCCCUUAAACCAAAAGAGGCUUUUAUAUUGUGAUGAUUAAAUAUAUAGAAGAUAAUACCAAAGAAAUGCAGAGCAGAACUUUAAAUGCUUCAGUAAUCAUACUGUUCCCAAAACUCAGUUCAGUAGAGAUGGUCCAUAAACCAGCACAUAGAUUCCAAACAGAUUUCAAGAGCAGGGAAAAAAAUAAUUUAAAAUGCUUCUUUAAAAGGAACUCCGGGCAGAACUUUUAAUGUAAGGUGACUACAACUCUGAAAGAACCAGAGCGAAGUCUCAUAAUCCCUCCUCCUGACCAUUUGUUGUGUUAGGAAGAAUUUCUACUAGAUGUUUGUCUAGAUUAUAUUAUUCACUUUGAGGCACUUUUUGAAGGAUUAUGGUUUGAAUAGACACAAUAUAAAGAACUUUGUGCUUGGGAGAUUUAUUUAUGACUUUAAAUUAUUUUCUAUAAGCCUCCUUGCAUUAGAUCAGUGUUUUUUAAAGUUUGGGUCGUGACCCAGUACUGGGUCGUGGCAUGUAAGACAUUGGGUCUCCUUGCUCAGCACCCAGGGACCCUAACGACUCUGGUCAGCACUGCCGACUGGGAUGUUAAAAGUCCCAUCAGCAAUGCUGCCCAGCUAAGGCAGGCCAGUGCCUACCUGUUCCGACACCGCGCUGCACCCUGGGAGCGGCCAGCAACAGGUCCGGCUUCUAGACAGGGGGCCACGGAGCUCCGCGCUCUGCCCCCACCCCAAGCACUGGCUCCACACGCCUAUUGGUCGGAAACCAGCCAAUGGGAGCUGGGGGGGGAGGGGGAGAGCAUGCUUGUGGGCGAGAGCCGCCGUUUGUGCACUUCCACCUAAAAGCCAGACCUGCUGCUGGCCGCUUCCAGGGCGCAGCAUGGUCCACGAUGCCAGGACAGGUGGGAAGCCUGUCUCUGUGCCGCUGACCAGGAGCUGCCAGAGAUAAGCCCACACCCCAAUCCACUGCCCCAGCCCUGAGCCCACCCCCCAAACCCAGAGUCCCUCCUGUUCCGCAAACUCCUCAUCCCUGGCCCCAGAGCCUGCACCCCCAGCCCAGAGCCCUGACCCCUCCUGCAUCCCAACCCCCUGCCCCAGCCCAGAGCCCCCUCCCACACCCUGACCCCUCAUUCCUGGCCCCACCCCACAGCCCUCACCCCUGCAUCCCAACUCUCUGCCCCAGCCCUGAGCCCCUCCCAACACCCCAAACCCCUCAUCCCCAGCUCUGUUGGGUCACAGGCAUCAACAAUUUUCUUCAACUGGGUUGCCAGAAAAAAAGUUUGAAAACCACUGCAUUAGAUGUUUGGCACUCCACUCAACAUCUGGUUAGAGACUGAAUUAAGUCUACAGAAGAUUUCAGAAACGGCAAUGGGCAUGAAAUACUCAACUUACCUGUACCUAAGCAUCUUGCUAUUCUAAAGAACUUGUUUUAUACUUCAGUUUAAGAGGAGCCAUCUCAUCCUUUGUUUUCUUAAAUCCAGGAAGAAGGUUUCAGGGAUUUAGAAGAGGUUGGAAUGUUUUUUAUAUGAGAGAAAUAUAUGUUCAUAUAUAUAUAUAUAUAUAUAAAU